AUGAAACUAAAAGUCCGGAACAAAGAAGUGUAUGGCAACAUCAAAACUAAUAUUGAAGAAAGUAAACAACACCUAAACUGGUUACAAGGAAACUACUUCAUACAUGAUAGAAGUGAAGCUAUAAAAGCUGCAAUGCAAGUUCUCAGAGAUUGGCAAGAUAUUGAAGAAAGAUUCUGGAAAACUAAAAGCAGAGAUCAAUUCAUCAAAUUUGGGGACAAGAAUACUAGUUACUUCCACAGGGCCACCAAAUGCAGAAUAAGAAGAAAUAGGAUAGACUCUAUACAGGAUAGUGCUGGAAACUGGACUGAGGACUGUCAAGAAAUAAAGCAGUGCUUCACCAACCACUUCACCAUUAUGGCCACUGCUGAAACACCUGAUAUGAAUCAUGAUAUUAUCGACCUCAUACCUACUUCUAUAACCAACUCUGACAACAACAAUCUCAACAGAAUCCCUGAAAAACAUGAAGUCAAGGAAAUCCUUUUCAGUAUGGCCAAAGAUAAAGCACCAGGCCCAGAUGGAUUCCCACCAAACUUUUCAAGCCAAUUGGGAUAUUGUGGGAGAAGACUUGGUAAAAAUGGUCUAGCAUUUCUUCAUGUCUGGGCAUCUUCUCAGAGAAAUGAAUUCAACUUUCAUAUCCCUGAUACCCAAAAUAGAUAA